AUGGCGCCCGUUCCGCAAGAACCCACAAUCGAGCUGGUGGCAGCGCCGGGCCCGGGCGACGCUCCGCCGGCACCAGAUGCCGUGGUCAUCACCGGCAUGUCGGGCCUGCUGCCCGGCUGCCUCAAUGUCCAGGAAUUUGCAGAGAAACUGUACAAUAAGGAGAACCUGGUGAAAAAGUACGAACCUCGAUGGCAUUUCGAUCACCCCGAGUUGCACGAAUAUUACGGCCGCAUCCCGGGCCUGGACCGGUUCGAUGCGCAGUUCUUCAUGGUGCACUACCGCUUGGGCAACACGCUUGACGCCAUGGCGAGGAAAGUGCUCGAGAACACCUACCAGGCCAUUUUUGAUGCUGGAAUAAGUCCAGCAGAAUUGAGUUCACAACGCGUGGGAGUGUAUAUCGGUGUCGGCGCUACCGAAUCAGAGAAAGGCUGCGCAUACGGUGAAAUUGGCUUAGGAAUUUUAGGAUGCAAUCGUGCAAUGAUAGCCAACCGUGUAUCAUACUGGCUGAAUGGGAAAGGGCCGUCGAUAGUAGUGGACGCAUCUUGCUGCAGUUCACUGUCGGUGUUCGAGAAGGCCUACAAUGACAUAGCUACGGGCGUGUGUGACGCGGCUGUCGUCGGGGCCAGCAAAGUAUUGUUGCAUCCUCACGCUUUAAUCCACUAUCAAAGAAUGGUACCCUACAACAAAGACGGGAAAAUGAAAUGUUAUGGCGACAAUGCGGAUGGACAGUCAUGCUCUGAAGCUAUAAAUGUUUUCAUUUUACAGAAGUAUAAAGACAGCAAAAGAGUUUACGCUUCGCUUUGUUAUGCAAAAACUCAAUAUGGUGUAGUGGAGAACAAGGAAUAUAUGAAUAAAUACGGCUUCGAAAGAGAUCCCAAAUGCCUUGCAAAGUUUCUUCGAGAUUUUUACACCGAAGCUGGGAUUCCCCCAUCUUUAGUAGAAUAUGUGGAAGGAUUCGGCGCAGCCGUGCCGGAAGCUGACAAAUCGGAAUUACAGGCAAUAGAAGAAGUAUUUUGUAAGGAUCGCUCAAACCCCUUGCUGUUGGGCAGUGUCAUGUCGAAUAUUGGUUAUACAGAAGCCGCGUCUGGAUCGUCAGCUAUAUUAAAAAUACUACUGGCAUAUCAAAGAGGCGAGUUAGCUGCAAACUUGCAUUGUGAGUCUCCGCGACAAGACAUAGAGGCGAUAAAAGACGGUCGCAUACGCAUACCGGCUGAACAUCAGCGGUUCCGCCGGACCUACGCCGCCGUCAACGGUCUGUCAGUCACAGGGGUCAAUGGACAUGUCCUGCUUGCAGGACAUUACAGACCCAAGGAUCUAUCGCGUUAUCAAUCGGAGAUACCAUACUUGGUUACUAUGUCGGGUCGCAUAGAAUCUGCUGUACAAAAGUUAAUUGAUAAUUUCAAAUCACAUAAAAUUGAUGCUGAGGAAAUUGCUUUGUUUCACAAUAUUCACAAAUACCGUAUCAAUGGACACUUGGCACGAGGAUUCGGAAUAUUUUCAACAAAUGCAGAAAAGGAGACAAUAGCGCUCCGUGAAAAAGCAGACUACUAUGACGACGCGCAGCGGCCUCUGUGGUUCGUCUACAGCGGUAUGGGCUCUCAGUGGGUCGGCAUGGGCGCGCAGCUUAUGCGCAUACCGGUCUUCGCAGCUGCUAUCGAACGCUGCCGAAAAGUUCUCGAACCUAAAGGCGUUGAUCUCAUCCGUAUACUGACGUCUCCAGAAGAAGACAUCUAUGAUAACAUCCUGCAUUCCUUCGUUGGGAUUGCUGCCGUUCAAAUAGGCCUUACUGAUGUUUUAACUUCGAUUGGUAUUGUUCCUGAUAAAAUAAUAGGGCACAGUGUCGGAGAAUUAGGGUGUGCCUACGCCGACGGUUGUCUAACAGCUGAAGAGAUGAUUUUAGCCGCGUAUAGUAGAGGACGUGUGUCUCUGGAAACGCCUUUUAUCGCGGGCUCUAUGGCUGCUGUUGGUCUUGGUUAUGAAAAGAUUUUAACUAAUAUGUUACCACCCGAGAUCGAAGUGGCGUGCCACAAUGGACCCGAAUCCAGUACCAUCUCAGGACCCGCCAUUGUAAUGCGCGAAUUCGUUGCUCAAUUGACAGCCAAAGGAAUCUUCGCGAAGGAAGUUCCAUGUUCUAACAUCGCGUAUCAUUCACGAUACAUUGCUAAAGCAGGUCCUGGGCUUUUACAUUACCUGAAUGAGACCAUAAAAACCCCCAAACUCCGAAGUGAACGUUGGGUUUCCACGUCGGUACCACAAAACAGAUGGCAUGAGGAUGCCGCCAAGUAUUCUUCAGCAGAAUAUCACACGAACAACUUACUGAGUCCAGUGUUGUUUGAAGAGACCGCUCGCUUAAUACCAAGCAAUGCUGUGGUGGUGGAAAUUGCUCCUCAUGGACUUCUACAAGCAAUCCUCAAGAGAUCUUUACCGGUCAGCUGUAAACAUAUACCUCUGGCGCAACGAGGACACUCAGAUAACAUUGUGUUUCUUCUUGAAGCUAUCGGAAAUUUGUAUAUGAAUGGUUAUAACGCCAACAUUGCGGCUUUAUAUCCUCAAGUAGAAUUUCCGGUGUCUACAGAAACUCCCUCUCUAUCUCAUUUGAUAGAAUGGGUAUAUGCUGAUCACUGGAAAUUGUGUCUUUUUGUUCCUGUGGAUCGUGCAUAUUCAUCAGUAUAUAAACCUAUAAUCACGACUCAUGACGAUGAAUAUACCUAUUUAGCCGGACAUGUUAUUGAAGGAACAAGAACAUUCCCGUUUGCGGCAGCUCUGGUGUUAGUUUGGGACACUUUAUCAAUGUCCUUGUCCAAGCCACGACGUUCCCUUUCAGUGAAGCUAAGCAGCAUACAUUUACACGUACAACCGUGUGUAACAGAUGUAGAAGCGCUUCAUUUAACUGUGGCUUUGCAGAAAGGCACUGGACGCUUUGAGGUAUUUUAUGAAUACGGUUUGAUUGCAGAAGGGUAUAUCGUUGCUCUUGCCCAUACAGUCAUUGAUUUAGAAUUAACUGAAAAAGAUUCUUUGACAUUAACAUCACAUGACGUUUAUAAGUUACUUCACGAAAAAGGAUAUGACUACAAGUGUGACGGCAUCGUAAUGGAAAAAAUUACGUACAUGGAUAAACCAUACAUCAUGCGGCAGGCUUCUGACCUUAAAGCAUUACAAUUCUUUCCAUUCUUUCUGCAAGAAGAUGCUGAUGUGUAUUAUGCAGCUGUCAAUACUUAUGAUGCCAAAAGGGCUCGAGCAGAAAUCCCUCUCAGUAAUGAAAAUGAUGGAUAUGGACUUGACUUCAGUGGAAUAACAAACAGGGGAGAACGUGUGUUUGGGAUAGCGCGGGAUGGAUCUAUGUGCAAUCAAGUGACCGCUCAGCUGGAAUUAUUAUGGCCGGUACCCGAUCAUUGGGAUUUAGAAGACGCAGCUACAGUUCCCUUGCCUUAUCUGCAAGCUUUUUAUUGCCUUACUAUGAAAACGGAAAUACGUGAAGGGAUGCGGGUAUUGAUACACGGCGGCGCAGGCGCACUCGGACAGGCAGCUAUCUCCAUAGCUUUAGCUAAACGUUGUGAGGUCUUCACGACCGUAAGUGAUAUUAGCAAAAAGAAGCUUUUGAAACAACUGUUCCCAGAACUCAAAGCGAGUAAUAUCGGGAAUUCUCGAGAUGGUUCGUUCUCUGAUAUGAUUUUAAAUGAAACUGGUGGAAGAGGAUGUCAUAUUGUCAUUAACAAUUUAAAAGGGCAACUCAAAAAUGCAUCUCUAAGUUGCUGCAGUUCUUUCGGGACAACUCUUGAUACUGUUCAAAUACACACACGAGAUAACUUCACUUAUGGGAUGUUUAAUAUGACCAAAGCAAGGUCAUACGUGCCGGUAGAUGUUAUGGAAAUCUUUGAAAGCCGUAAUAUGGGACAGUUGAAGAAACUGCAUUUAUUGGUGGCCAAAGGCAUAUCGGAAGGAUACGUGCGCCCGCUAUCUCGCGUGACAUGUUCGCCUCAAGAAGUAUCACGCGCCUUUAGACUGGUGGCGGCAAGCAAUCAUCGCGGCCGAGUGCUGAUUCGAAUUGCUGACAAGGAUGUUCCUGUUACUUCGUUAGCGCAACCUAGGUUAAUAAGCCUUCGGGAGCAUUUUACGGAUACCAUCAAAGAAGAACUUGGACUAGGAGCAUAUUUCAACGCAAUUGAAGCGGACGAACUGGUGACAUCAGCAGAAUUUGUGCUUAUGACCACUCUUCUGCCGAGCCCAGGGCCGGGCCCAGGUGACAUCGAUACUAUCAAUCCCUACCUGUGCAUAGUGCCAGGUGUCGAAGGUUACCAUGGCAGGUUUAAUGUAUUGUGCGAAAGACUGAAAAUGCCAGCGGCAGUCCUUAAUCCAAGUAUUGAUGAUACGUAUACUAACAUUCCAGAAUUGGCACAAAAACUAGUUAAUGUAAUGGUGCACAGAUUGAAAAGCAAGGAAACUUUCUACUUAUUAGGGUAUGAAAUGGGAGUACUAGUAGCAUUGGAGAUGGCAGUUAUAUUAGAAAGCUAUGGUUUAUCGGGCACAGUCUACUGUCUUGGCGGAACUCCCGAAGACAUUCAAACCGCAUUGGAAAUCAAUUUAAAAGGAAUGUCAGACCAUAAACUACAGGUCGUCACAUUCCAGAACUUACAGACCAAUUACAAGAGGCUAAAACCUGGCAGAGUAAAGUAG